AUGGGGUGCAGGCCAUUACUUUUCGUUGACAGAACUCAUUUGCUUGGCAAGUACGGCUGGAUUCUAUUAGGUGCAACUGGUAAAGAUGGCAAUAAGGGUAUCUUCCAUAUAACAUUCGCUGUGGAGGCAUUGUACGGUGAAGAUGAUUACGAGGAAGUUAUUACAUUUAUCUCGGAUCAGUCAAAGGGUCUUGCUAACGCAGUUGCGCGAGUGCUCCCAUCAUCGCUGCAUGGUUAUUGUCUGUGCCAUUUGGAAGCCAACUUCAUGAAGGCUAACGGCAGGCUCGAGAAAUCAUUAAAAGAACAAUGUUGGGCAGUAAUAAAAAAAAUUGCGUACGCGUACACGUCUAAAGAGUUCGACGAUGCAUUCAGUGAACUUGCAGCUAUAUCGGCCAAUGCACAUGAUUGGUUGUUACACAACUCCGACAUUAAUCAUUGGUGUAACUAUUUAUUGAAGGGCAUGCGGUGCUACGAGAUAUACUCGAAUGUAGCAGAGUCUUUUAAUGUCUGCAUUAAAGAGGCAAGGCAUCUACUGAUAAUGAGUGUAGUCAAUACUAUAUGGUUUAAACUUAUGAACAUGCUGAGUGAGCUGCGCAAAAUGGCCGCCAUAUGGGACACAUACCUUUGCCCUGAGAUACGGAAGAAGGUUGAAUAA